CGCCAAAGAGUGCGCCCACACCCCCCUUCCUCCUAUUUGGGGCCGCACAACUGAAAACAUUCACUGCAGCGACCAGAACAGAAAGCACGUCCUCUUGUUUGCCGUCAGUUGUUCAUUAAAUCUACUACGAGUUGGUUGUACGACUUUUCGCAGUAGUUCAAAACACACGCGCUUUUUGAUUCAAUUGUAAAUUUUCAGUUUUUUGUGACAUUUUAUGUGCUGUGAUAUAUCAUCAUUUAGUUUUAUGGGAUUAUGACGAAUGGUGAUUGUUUUGAUUUGUCUAUCAACGAUCUCAAAAUGGCUGUCCCUUCCGAAGACAUGGGCUUCUGUUCGAGCGAAGACUAUUUGGAGCACGAAAUCCACUCCCCUACUGACAGCUCAGAAGAUAGUGUUGAAGUCAAAGUAUCAGCAAUAUCUUUGUCUAAUAAGAGAAAACGGAUAGAUCCAAGAAAGACACCGGAAACAUUUACCGGGCCUUUAAAAAAGAGAAUGUGCCUCAAAGUUAAAGCUGAGAUAAAUGAUAGCCAUCCCUUCAGACCUUGGAGUCCCUCUCCUAAGAAGGUAGAGGAACCAGUUACUGUUAAAAAUGAGACUGUGGUUAAUAUUAAGAAACAAGAACCAAUUAGCUUCCAGUUACCGAAAAUUGAGUGCCAGCGACGAUUGGAGGAAAAGGUGGAACCCAAGUUUGCGCCUUACUUUAGACCACCUUCCCCAGUUAACUUCUAUCAACAGUCUGAACCUGUGCCAUUAAUAAAAAAGAGAGAGGAAGUUCCUAACAACGAAGACAUACGUGUUCCUAUCCAUCCUCAGAUCCAGAGUCUUUCUACCGCAGAAACAGAGAGGUUAAUCUUACAAUCAUCCGAAUUAUUUCCUACCUUGCAAAGUUCCAUUCCUGGUACCAGUAGAAAAUCUUCCGAGAUGCCUCGCAGGGAGCAACGAAACUACAAAAACAUGACACGAGAGAGGAGGAUCGAAGCUAAUGCUAGAGAAAGGACUAGAGUGCAUACAAUUAGUGCCGCGUUUGAUACGUUGAGGAGGUCGAUACCUUCUUUUUCUCAUAAUCAAAAACUAUCAAAGUUAUCUGUUUUAAGGAUAGCUUGCUCUUAUAUAAUGACUUUGUCUUCCAUUGUAAACGAUGAAAGUGAUGAAAGUGAACCUUCCACCUCUGAAUGUGUUGAUUUGGUUACUAGAACCAUUCAAAGAGAAGGUAAACUUAGAAAAAAGAAAGAUGAUAAUGACUGAGUUAUAAUUUUUAUUAUUCUUUUGAGUUCCUAAAUUUUUGAAUCUAUUCCAGAUUUUUAUUCAUGUAAGCUGCCAAAUUACAUUUGUACUUAUAUAAUUGUACAUAAGUUUUUACAACGAUAUUUAUUUGAUUAUUUAAUAAGAGAACAUUAUUUUUA